AUGAACGAGACACCUCUUGGGGCCAAAUGUUCCUUGAAGGAGCUGGUGGGAAGUAAUCCUCCGCAAAGAAACUGGAAAGGAAUUGCAAUUGCUCUACUUGUGAUUCUGGUGAUCUGCUCCUUGAUUGUCACUUCUGUUAUCCUGCUGACACCAGUUGAAGAUAAUAGCCAGUCUCAGAAGAAGAAAAUUACAGUGGAAGAUCUAUUCAGCGAAGAUUUCAAAAUUCAUGACCCAGAGGCUAAAUGGAUAAGUGAUACAGAAUUCAUUUAUAGAGACCGGAAUGGCUCAGUGAUAGUGCACAAUGUGGAAACAAACCAUUCAACAGUUUUAAUAGAAAACAAAAUCAUUGUUUCUAUAAAAGCUAUUAAAUACGAAGUUUCACCAGAUAGAGAGUAUGGACUCUUUGCCUAUGACAUUGUGCCGAUGUACCGGUAUUCAUACACUGCUUUUUAUGUCCUCAGAAAGCUGCCUAAUGGGGAGCCUCAAAAUCUCUACCCUCCCGAGGUUAGCAAUGCAAAGCUCCAAUUUGCGGGAUGGGGACCCAAAGGCCAGCAGCUGAUAUUUAUAUUUGAAAACAACAUCUACUAUUGUGCCCAUAUCGGGAAACAAGCAAUCCGUGUCGUCUCCACUGGAAAGGACAAAGUGAUUUUUAACGGACUCAGCGAUUGGCUGUAUGAAGAAGAGAUCCUGAAAAGCCAGAUUGCUCACUGGUGGUCUCCUGAUGGCACAAGAUUAGCCUAUGCAACUAUUAAUGACUCCCGGGUCCCAUUAAUGGAGAUACCCACAUUCACCGGAAGCCUUUACCCGAAAGCGGAAACUUAUCACUACCCAAAGGUCGGGACAGAAAAUCCAAGCAUUUCCUUACAUGCAGUUGUGUUGAAUGGGCCUCCGCAUGUUUUAGAGAUGACGCCACCGGAUGAUCCACGGAUGAGGGAUUAUUAUAUAACCAUGGUGAAGUGGGCAACCAGUACCAAGUUUGCAGUCAACUGGCUAAAUCGAGCCCAGAAUUUUUCCAUUUUGACUCUCUGUGAUGCAACCACAGGCGUCUGCACAAAGAAACAUGAGGAUGAAAGCACAGCCUGGCUGCAUCGGCAGAAUGAAGAGCCCAUCUUCUCUAAAGAUGGCAAGAAGUUCUUUUUCGUCCGAGCCAUUCCCCAAGGCGGACGAGGCGAGUUCUACCAUAUUGCCAUGUCAUCAUCUCAGCCCAAUAGCAGCAAUGACAAUUUACAGUCUAUUACAUCGGGUGACUGGGAUGUGUCCAAAAUUUUGGGCUAUGAUGAGAAGCAGCAUAAAAUCUAUUUCCUCAGCACAGAAGAGUUGCCAAGGACUCGGCAUUUAUACAGUGCAAGCACCAAGGGGAACUUCAACCGACAAUGUCUCUCUUGUGAUUUGAUUAACAACUGCACUUACUUCCGUGCAGUAUUCAGCCACAACAUGGCAUAUUUCCUGUUGACCUGUGAAGGUCCACGAAUUCCAAUGGUAACUGUCCACAGAACAUCCGAUACAGAAAAACUGUUUGACCUUGAAGUAAAUGCCAGAGUGCAGAAGACAGUCGCAGAACGACAGAUGCCCAAGCGGGAAUAUCUUGAUAUCAAGAUUCAGGAUUACAAAUUGCCACUGCAAAUUUUAAAGCCAGCCGUUUUCAUGGAAAACACGCACUACCCUUUGCUCCUCAUUGUGGACGGGACUCCUGGCACCCAAAGCGUCACAGAAAAGUUUGAAGUGAACUGGGAAAGUGUCAUGGUCAGCUCCCACAGUGCCAUCGUGAUGAAGUUUGACGGGCGUGGAAGUGGAUUUCAAGGGACUAAACUCCUGCAUGACAUCAAAAGAAAAUUGGGCACCGCUCAGGAAAAGGAUCAGACAGAGGCUGUUCGGGCAAUGCUGGAAAAGGCAUUUAUUGAUAAGACUCGAGUUGCUGUGUUUGGGAAGGAUUAUGGUGGCUACUUGAGUUCCUACAUCCACUUUUCUGGAGAAGAAAAUAAAGAGCCAACCUUCUCGUGCGGGGCGGCCGUUUCCCCAUUGUCUGACUUCAGAUUGUAUGCUUCAGCUUUUUCAGAAAGAUACUUGGGAUUACAAGGGUUCGACAAUAAUAAGAUAUAUGAGAUUACUAAACUCUCUCAUCGAGUCACAUCAAUGAAAGACCAAAACUUUUUGAUCAUCCAUGCGACAGCUGAUGAGAAAAUUCACUUCCAGCACACUGCAGAGUUCAUUACUCAUCUAAUUAGGAUAAAAGCUAAUUACAGUUUGCAGAUUUACCCCGACGAAGGUCACUACUUCAACAACCCAACCCUGGAGCAGCACUUAUACAAGUCCAUUGUCAAUUUCUUCGUGGGAUGUUUCGAAAUCCCGGACAAAGCCCCAGUGGUUUCCACGAAAGAAGACGAGGAUGAAGAUUAACUUUUCUGGGCUUGUGCUGAGAAGCACAAGGCGACUUCUCUCAAAAAAAAAAAAAAAAGAUAUGCAAC